AUGAUUGUUUCAUGUCUGCCCUUUAUAGCAAUUGGGGAGAGGAAGCAACCAACUUAUGGCAAAAAUGUACAACUGCUAUCGAGUGGUAAAGUCGAAUGGAUCGAGCAGCUAAAGAAAGCAAAAGCGAAAGAACUGGAGCUGAAGAAGAUGAGGGAUAUGCAGAAAGCGAUGAAUGACGAGCCUGAAAAAGAAUUUGAUGAACAGACGGGCCAAGAGAAAGGGCGAAAGAAGGAAUUGCGCGAAAGUGGUAAGGAGGAGGAGGCGAACGAAUCAGCGAUCGUCGAAGAGGAGUUCAUUGAUUAUACGAUGGCUAACGAAACAAGCAAUACCGGCGAAUCGGCAGGCCCGGCCGUUGUACACCUGAAUGAUAGCCUUCCAAGGAGCACUGGUCUUACUGCUCCAUCCUUGUCCACUCUUUUGUUAUGCAUAUUUUCUCUUGUUUAUGUCGACCCUUACACCAGGAGCAUUCAUUUUUUCCGGCCAAGUACCGUCACAUAUAAGCAUCCGUCCAUUUUUGUAAACUGA